GCGCAUGGGGAUCGAACUUCCACUGAUCAGCUGAGUUUUUAAGUUCACGAUUUUGCCGCAAACUCAUUUUAUUACGGUGGAACGAAAACAUUCGAAUUCUUUUUUGAAGAAAUAAUACUCCUUUUAGUUUAGUACUCGUCGCAAAUAUAGUACGGGUACGUUGUUUGUAAAUUGAUCGAAUAUUACAGACAAUAUGUGUCGAAAUUUCAGGAUAUACACUCCGACUUUAGCAAUGAUAACGAGAGUGGAAAUGAUAUUAAACAUCCGGUUGACGCGACAGCUCAACUGCUUCCAAAGAUAUUCCAGCAAGAGGGCGAUUCCUGAAACCGUGUAAUGCUCCGUUACGAGCGAAUACUCCUAUUUUAUUAUUACAAAUUAUAUCAUGUGCUGGGCAUCUACGAAAUGGACGCUUCUGACAGUUGGCUUGCUGGGAGGAAUUCUGGCAAUUCUGCAAGUAUUUGAGAUCCAGUACUUUUCGACGAAAGUGUCCGCGCUCAGUGAUUUUGAUGCUGACUUUUUUCGCCUUGAAAAUGUGGCAGCUGACAGAUUUAAAGUAUUCCCGAAAAUAUGUCGUCAAUACUGAGGUGAAUGAUGUUCCAAUAAUAUUAUGGUGGACGUCGUCCUUUGGAGAGGACGAGCGAUACAGACACUGCGGAGAUAAGCAGUGUUACUUCACGAAAAAACGUUCAAGCGUCACGAAUCCUCUUUUGAAAGCGAUACUAUUUUAUGGAAGUAAUUUAGAAUUGGAUGAUCUUCCAAUACCAAGAAAAAAGCACGUAAGAUGGGCUCUAUUCCACGAAGAAUCACCCAGAAACAAUCCAAUGUUUAUUUAUCAAAGUGCUCUUGGUUUGUUCAAUUACUCGGCAACCUUUAGUCGAUACAGCGAUGUGCCUUUGACUCUGUUGUCUCUGCCAGGAGAACGAGAAUUGAUAACUACGUCAUAUUUCUUGCCUGUUAAGGAAAAAAAUUUAUUGCUAGUAACAAAAAAAUUGGCUCCUGUACUUUAUAUUCAGUCGAACUGUGAUACUCCGAAUGAUCGGGACUCUUAUAUUGCUGAAUUGAUGAAAUACAUUCCGGUUGAUUCUUACGGUGCCUGCUUGAACAAUCGACGUCUUCCCGAGAGUCUAACAGUCAAUUAUUUAGAGAAAUUAGAUGCCGAUGAAUUUUUAACGUUCGCUGGACAGUACAAGUUCACUCUUGCUUUCGAGAAUGCUGUGUGCGACGAUUAUAUAACUGAAAAACUGUGGCGUCCGUUGAUCGUCGGUUCGGUACCGAUUUACUACGGUUCUCCUUCUUUUAAGGACUGGCUUCCGAACAACACAUCGGCAAUAGCAGUUGAAGAUUUUGAGUCACCAAAAGAUCUUGCCGAUUUCGUGAUAAAACUGAACAACGACAAUGAGAACUACGAAAAAUACCUGGUCCAUAAAAUGUCCGAUAACGAUAACCGUCGUAUAACGAACCAUCGAGUGUUGGCAGCAUUGAGAGCACGUUCAAGAAAUUCGGAGAGCCUCUUCGGCGAUACGAUACGAAACUUCGAGUGCCACGUCUGUGAAAAGUUGCACAAUACUAAAAGUCUAAGUACAGUGACGAAGAAACAAUUCAAUUGUUCGUUACCAAAAAGCGUGGUUCCUUUGAAAAAGAACGUGUCAAAUCUCUGGACGUAUCAGUUCUCGAUCGACAAAUGCAGUGCUAAACUUCUGGUGCAACACGUAUCAAAUGGUACGAAAAUAAACAUUGAUAGUUUCACGAGAAAGGCGUUUGAAAUGUACGAAAAUAACGAUUGCGAAUAAAAAUGUUGAAAACUCA